AUGAAGCAGCACUUUCUUACUACUAUCCUGCUCGCCGUGUGCCUGCUCACCGGCCCAACCCUUGCCCAGAUUGGGGUGGGCGUCGGAGGCAUCGGAGUUACCGUCCUUGGAUCGUCCUCAAUCAUUGGCGUUACUGUGGCCACCACGGUAGCCGCGGGAGCGACUACCACCGUUGCACCAGUCACUGUUGCGCCAACCACAACCGUUGCGCCAACCACUACCGUUGCGGCGGCAACCACCACCGUUGCGGGGGCAACCACUACCGCUGCAACGGGUAAUACCGUUGUCUUCAAUAUCAAUGGAAGUAUUGUAACCGUUGCUUCAUCCGACCAAGCUACGAUCGCCGCUAUUGUCGCAGCCUUGUCUGCCACUACUACUACUGUGGCAGCAACCACCACCACGGCGGCAGCAACCACCACGACCGCGGCAGCCACUACCACCACCGCGGCAGCAACCACCGCGGCCACCACCACUACGGCUGCCGCAACAACUACCACCGCUGCUGCCACCACGGCCGCUACUACCACCACCACCGCAGCCGCAACUACUGCUGCGACAACCACGACCACUGCCGCUGCUACCACGACAACGGCCGCUACCUCUGUCACGAUAACGGUCACCAUCAAUGGUCAAACGACAACCAUUUCCUCGACCGAUCCCAACCUACUGUCGAUUCUCGCCCAAAUUUUGAACAGCCUGUCCACGACGACCGUCGCCGCGACCACCACUACUGCAGCUAGUGCCGCCGGAACUACCACCACGGCUGCUCCCGUUGUCAUACGUGGCUGCCACCGUGGAGGACACCGUCACAGCGGCGAAUUCGGAAUCGGUUUUGGUGCACGCCUUGGCGGACCCAUCGGCUUUGGGGUCGGAAUCGGUGCUGGAAUUCGCGGACCCGGACUUCUUCGUCCCAUCGUGGGUGCUGUUGCCAACACAGCCGGCAAUGUAAUCGGAACAGCCGUUAAUACUGCUGGCAAUAUCGUUGGAUCAGGACUUAACCUCGCUACCGGUCUCGUCGGUGGUGUGGCCAACGCCGCUACUGGCGUCCUUGGUGGAUUAGGCAGUGCUCUCGGUGGUAUCGGUACGGGACUGCAAGCUGCCGCUGGUGGCGCGCUUAAUGGAGGACUACGCGCCGGAGUGAACGCUGGAAUCGCCCCACGCGUAGGUUUUGGUGCUGGAAUCAAUGGAGGCCUGGCAUCGCGAGGCGGCCUUGGCAGUGGAAUCGGUCUCGGUGCCCGUUUCGGUGUUGGCUUCAACGGAUAAGUAACAACUCAUCCUCACCCAGCCCUCCGUUACCCACACCCAUCCGCACAGACCACAAUAGAGAUUUUUGUGUAAAAAGAU